UUUCAAAAGUGACUUGUAUGUCAAUAUGGCACGAAAAAAAACUUGUAGAAAAAGAAACUACAGAACUAUCAAAAAAAGAAAUACAACCAAUAUUAAACGUAUACCAAAACCAGAGCCUUUACCAAAACGAAAAGUAAAACCACACAUUUCACUUGCAAACGCAGAUAUUACAACCAAGACACUCAAUUAUGCAGCUUGCCCAAGCAAUGUUACAAAACUUAGAUUUCCCAUAACUGCGUACGAAAGUUUUAAAUAUAAAUUCGUGAAUUACGAUGAGAUUGAAGAGUAUUUGAAGAAAAUGGAAAAAAACUAUCCCGGAAAAUUUCGUUUAGAAAUACUGGGCGACUCAAUUGAAGGAAGGCCAAUCUAUCUGGCUGCCAUUUCUGAUGGUUCAGGGGAUAACAGAAAAAUGUUAACUUUAGUGGAAGCAGGUUCGAAUGCCUGCGAUUGGUUAGCAAUUUCUUCUGCUUUGUAUCUAGUAGAUUUUCUUACUAGAGAUUCAAACUUGGUAAAACUCACCGAUUAUUACAUCCUACCUUGUUCAAAUCCAGAUGCUUAUCACAAAUGCGUCAGAGGAGAAAAAUUCAAUACCAACGAUAUCCCAAUAAAUUUAAGUAAUAAUUUUCCAAUAUUACUAGGAACUACUCCCGUCGAAGGAAUUAGUACGAAAGAAUUUUUAAAAGCCAUGGAGGUAUGGAAAAGAAAUGUAAAAUUUUCUUCGCCUACUACCAAAGCUAUUUUUAGAGCCGCAACAUGUAGUAAGUUGGCAAUUCAAUUGUUUAUUUCUUUGCAAGAAGAGGGAAACCAUAUUGUUUAUCCGUUUGGAUUUUGUAAUCGUUGCAUUCCCGAUAAAGAAGAUUUAAAAGUAGUUGCGAAUUCCGGAAAAAGGAGUUUAAAAAAAUUGAAAGUUCACGUAGGGUCUAUAUACGAAUUCAACGGUUUAACGUACGGUUCUGUUAUAGAUUUUUUAAAAUUCAGCUUCAAUCAUAUAAAGUUUAUGUACAUUUUUCAUAUAAGAGAUAAAGGAAAGAAGCCACAUAUAAAAGAUAUUUUAGUGUAUGGAGAAGAUGUGUUAAACUGUGUUAAAUCUAUGGCAAGAAAUGUUUAUAUGUAUUAUAAUAAAGAAAAAAUAAAUAAAGUUCAGUGCACUUGA